AGUUUAUAUACCCAUGACAACAAUCAUGACCACUCAUUUUCCUCGUAAGACAAAAUGAACAUUUUAAAUUGUAAUUACAUAACAUUGCUUUUUGUAAUAAAAAUUGUUGCAAGUAACGGCAUUGAAGUAAAACUCAAAAAUGGGAAGUUGAGGGGAGAGAUGCUGGAAUUGGUCACAGGAGAAGGAGAUUAUUACAGUUUUAAAGGGAUUCCAUACGCACAGCCACCCACCGGACCAUUGAGAUUUAAGGCACCUCAGCCCGUUAAAAAAUGGAAGGGUGUCAGAAAUGCGACUCAACAUGGUUCGGUGUGCCCUCAAGUUGAAGUUCUUUCGAACAUUUUGAUUCCUGGUAACGAAGAUUGUUUGUUCAUCAAUGUAUAUUCACCAAAUAUAAAGCCUAAGACCCUUCUCCCUGUUAUUGUGUUUAUUCAUGGCGGAGGAUAUAGAAGUGGAUCUGGUAAUGAUUCUUCUUUCGGGCCUGAUUUUCUCAUUAGGAAGAAUAUGGUAGUGGUAACCUUCAACUACAGAUUAGAUGCAUUGGGAUUCUUGACUUUGGGUACUGAAGAUGUGCCUGGUAACGCAGGACUUAAGGAUCAAGUAUUAGCCUUGAAAUGGGUACAAAAUAACAUCCAUGUAUUCGGAGGAGACAGACACAGCGUAACUAUCAUGGGUCAAAGCGCGGGAAGUGCCUGCGUUGCGUUACACGUUAGCUCACCUAUGUCCAAAGGUUUAUUUCAGAGAGCGAUUGCUUUAAGUGGCGCUCCAAUUUCCGAUUGGGCUUUACCCCUACAGCCAGAACGACGAGCAUUUGUGCUCGGCAAGCAACUUGGCUUUGACACACAAGAUCCGGAACAACUACUAAACUUUCUUCAGAAUGUGACAUCUGAUAAAUUAGUCAAUACUGCGCCUUAUGUUUUGUCAUUUGAAGAAUACUCGAAUAAUAUAUUAAGAAUGUACCCAUUCGUGCCAGUCGUUGAAAAAUACGUCGGUAAAAAUAGUUUUCUGACAUACGAUAUAGCCAGAAAAGUUGAUCACAUGAAUAAGGCUGAUAUUUUAUUCGGUCAUACGAAUCAAGAAACAGCCACUGCAGUUGGAUCCUUCGUUUCCCUUUUUAUACCAAAUCAUAAUAAAUAUCCGGAGCUUUUUGUACCACGAAGAUUGUUUGCCAACUUAGGUCAAGAUCAUAUAUUAAGCCUUGCAGAUGAAGUUCGGAAAUAUUAUUUUGGUAAUAAAACUGUUGAUAUAAACUCAAUUGCAGAGUUCGUUAAUUAUUCCAAUUAUGUUGUUUUCGUUUAUGAUGUUAUAAAUUAUUUUACAAAAUUACCCGUUGUUAAAAAUACUGUACGAUACAGUUAUCAGUUUUCAAGCGUCUCAAGCAGAAAUGUGAACAGCCAAGCAGCGAUUCAAUAUGGUAUUCAUGGUGCUGGUCAUUUUGAUGAAUUGGAGUACUUGUUCGAUCGAAAGUCAAUGAAAUUGAUCUCGGAUAAGGAUAGCGAAGAAUUCAGAUUGAUUGAUCAAAUUACUACGCUGUUUACGAAUUUUGCCAAAUAUGGUAACCCCACACCGGAUUCAUCGUUCGGCUUUACGUGGCCUGAGUAUGAUAUGAAAACCAGACAAUACGUGGACAUCGGUAGCAAUUUAACUGUGCUAAGUGUAAAUAAUGAUGACAAUGUUCGAUUUUGGGACAACUUUUACGAAAAAGCAAAUUCUCUUUUGAUCCGAAAUUGUAAUUGAUUAAUAAAUUAAAAAUUAUGAACGCAGCGUCCAGAAAUCUGCAUUCUUUUCUUGACCUAUAGGAUGAAUAACAUAUUUUUUAAUUGCUUG